AUGUCGCCAACCACGUCGUGCACGGACGAUGAGGACCUCCUGGCUAUAGCUGACCCUGUCCUCGCUCUCGACUACCUACACCAGACGGUUCUAUACUUUCAUCAAUUAUGUUUCACCAAAUAUACUUCCCCGACGCAGCCGCAAUCGCACCCGGAGUGGCUAACUUUGCAUGAGAGGAUGCAGUUGUACACCGCCUCGGACGCCGUUAUGGAAGCUCUCAAGAACCAAAUCGUCGUCAACGACAGUUUGAAAAACAUUAUUGCUGAAGCAAAGGGGUCUGGACAUGUUGAACCCGAAUUCCCGCCCAAGAAGGACGGCGUUAGCAGGCUAAUCAGCGGACCCGCUACAGUCUGUGACCGGGAUGGCCACAUCCUCUACCUCCACCUCCCUCGAGUCCUUACACCAGACCAACUAGCCGCCGUAGAGGAAGCAUGUCGUAGCCUUGUCAACGCGCCGUAUUCAAAGAUGGAAAUGUCCUCGGAUAAACCUGGAUGGCGGACCGACCCGAAGUUUUUCAAAGGUGGCGGUACUUCAUUCUGUGCUUUCACGCCGGGAGUCCUCAAUUUGUCCCCAUGUUGGUUCAUGCAAAACCACCCACCACCGAAGCAUCAACCAAUGGUGUCCGCUUCAAUUCGACGUCGUGAUGGCAAGGACGGUGCCAUCCCCUUCCUGAGAGAUAUGCGGAUGUCAUUCACCGUUAUGGGAGCGAUUCUAUAUGUCCUCAACCCGGCACAAUAUGAGCAGGGUGUUGAUGCGUGGAAGAAGAUGGUUGAGACGAACUGUGAAGGGGCCGCUCCCAAAUAUGCAGAUUUGAUGGCUCGCGUUUUGCGGAUCUGGGCGUCGCCAUUCACAGUGACACAGGUUAUAUCUAAUCGCCAGACGCCAUUUCACUACGACAACUCAGGAGACGUCAACUGGGCGGGAGGUUCGAACUGA